UAAGAGGAGGUUUUUCACCUCACAUUUAAACGCUUCUCUCGUUAUUCAAGUUUAUAUUUACGAUGUUGUACACGUACUCUGUUCCUGCGGAUCAGCCCUCCGGCAGGUAGAGAACUGUGUGGUAUUUGAACACGCCUCUCUCACCAGGACAAAACCGGCUCUCACAACACCUCGGCUCAGUUCAGCCAAGAUGGUGGCAGCGAUGAAGAUGGAGCGAAAAUGGUCAUCAGCAGCUUGUUUUAUAGCCACGUUGGCCAUUCUGCAACUUUUGCCUGUUGGGUGGGCUGAGACACCUAACGAUGGAGUUCUUGUGACAUCAGAAGGAGCAAAAGCCACAGACCUGAUCACUGACAACACCACUAUAAGCAGUUCGGUGUCCAACAAAAAUAUGUCGUCAGACCAGAAAUCAAAAGAGGAAGUAAAACCCACUGUGGUUAGUACUCCUGGAAGUGCCAGCACCACUGCAGAAACCAUGCCUAAUGCCCCACCUACAACACCCGCCCCUUCCAAACCAACCAGUGUUCCUGUUAUUGGUUCAGAAGACACUGAGCUGAAGCCAAGUAAGGGGACACCAAGUCCUCAGAAGCCCACUAGCACUCCUGAGGCCAAGCCGGUCAGCCCGAUUGAAUCAGAAAAAACUUUGGUUUUUGAGUCCACUACAUCUCCUGUUGAGAUGGUCACGGAUGACUAUGGUGAUGAUGAUGAUGAUGACAACGAAUACUUGCCUGCAGGUAACCCUGAGCAUGACGAAACUCAAUCAACCAACCAAAACCAAGAGGAUAAUGAUGAUGAUGAUGAUGGGGAGGAGGAAGACGAUCAAGGUUUGCAAAGCAAGAUAGAUGUACAUAUGAAGGACACCACCAUCUACAACACCCAAGAUGAAGACUCUCACUUCUUUUUCCACCUGGUUAUCAUCGCUUUUCUGGUGGCCAUAGUCUACAUCACUUACCACAAUAAGAGAAAGAUCAUGCUUCUGGCUCAGAGUCGGCGCUGGAGAGAAGGCCUUUGCUCCCGCAGUGUGGAAUACCAUCGGCUUGACCAGAAUGUUCAUGAGGCAAUGCCCUCACUAAAGAUGACCAAUGAUUACAUCUUUUAAACAACUGCAAAGCAUGUGAAGAUGAGCCUGCAGACUUUGAAAGAUGUUUCCGAAACAAUUUUGGAACCUUUUGGCUUUUGGGUAAAUGGGUGUGGUGAGUGUAGUUGCCAGGUAGGUUGUGCCCAUGUAAAUAUUUAUUUGAUUAUUCUGCUGAAUAUAAAAUCUGGCUGAUGUCACAUUUGACAACUCGAGUGAUCAUUUCAGUUCAAUUAUAUGAAAAACACCUAGGAGUCCAGUUAUAUAAUCAUAGAACUAAGAUUCUGUUGGAUGUCAUGAUUCUAGCAAUUCAUUCAAGUGUGCUUUGUUUAUAAAGAUUAUCUUAAAAUGAAUUACUUAACGUGGUCUGCACAUGCAUAGAAAUAUUGUCUUAAGCGUUUUUUGGUUGGUUAUUAUUGACUAUCAGUAUCUUUUUAUAUAAUAUGCUUGUUUUGUUCUACAGAAAUCACCAUGUUUUGUUGCUACAAUAUUGAAGGAAACAGAGGAAGAGUCUCAUGCUUUGCUAUGCAGUCUUGGGGCUGGUCCCUUUUGUUAUUUUGUUAUGGCUUCAAUGAAGUCUCUUGCAUUAUACAGUCGUGAUAAUCCUUCAUGGUCAGUAAAAGGCAAAUUUCUUCAAAUAUCGUAAUUUAUGUAGUAAGUGGUCGGCUUAUUGGUUUGGAUAUUUUUCAGUUGUGUUAUGUUACAUUUAAAGUUGCUGCUUAUAAGCGUUGCCAAAUAUGUCGGUUGAUAUAUUCAUAACAUGCAAAUAUGUGCAUAUCGCUAUGAUCAUCUAAAUUGCAAGUAUAGCACAGUCUCUUAAUUGGUAGGACAGUGACAUUUGUGUUUUGGUGCCAUCUGGCUUCAGCAAAAUGGAUUUGAAAUGAAACAAUGGCUUUUACAUUAAAGUGCAUAAAUAUGUUUAAAUUUGGUUUCCUAUUAGUAGAACCUUACAGUAGUCACUACCUUCUUUUUUUUGGGGGGGGGCGGCCCAAAAACGAUUCAGCCAGUUGGCUGCUCCAACCUGCAUGUUGUGCAUGAUCACUUCAUGUACAAGGAAGUCGUUCAGCAUGAGGACUAAACAAGUGCAAACUCUGGUGAAGCAAAAGGAAAAAAAUAAAGAAUGAAUAAUUCAGAAUAUUACAAUCCAAAAUGAUUCAUAACAUUAGAGGAGACAGUUUCCCAUAAUCAAGUCAAGACUAGACCUGGUGAUUGACACUGCACUUUAACUGCUGGGCAGGAUCCAGGAAGUAGGCACAGAUAAAAGAAGCGUCUACAGCUUUUGCUGAAGAGUAGAAUGACCAUAUUUAGACUAAAAAGUGCAUAAAAAGCCUACAGAGGUCCUAAUGGAUGAGAAGAAAAUUAGCCCCACUGGAAUUUUAAAAACUGUGGGAGAAAUAGGAAAUGCUCGUGGUCAAAGCACACUGCCCCAUGUGUGAGGCACUACUAAAGCCACUUAUGUUUUUACGUCCAAGACAUUAAGUAUUCUUGACUGCUGAUGUCUGCCAGCUGACCUGAGCCUGACUUGGCUUACUGUUACUAGGCUGAAAAUUCUGGUGAUGUCUGCAGGUCUCUAAAUUAUUUGCAAAUACCCUCGAAGCUAACAGUCUGUACUUUAGCAUUCAUUGUUUUCAGUCCAGUGUGAUGGAGUACAGAGCCAAACAAUGAUCACUGUCCUGACUCUUACCACACCGCAUAGCACAGUGUACAUGGGCCUUAUUCAUGUGUAUAUAAAACUAUAUAACUGUCUUUGUUGUCUAACAGAAAAUGAUUUAUUUGUCCAUGUUUUUCAUUUUCUUACAUGAUAUGCAGUUGUAGAUUAAAAUGUUGCUGUUGGCUCAGUAGUUACAGAAUCAUUUAUUUGUUCUGUACACAGGCCCAAAAAAUGCAUUCUCUUCAGUCUCUUCAUGCAUGUAACAGUGUAAAAGUAGGUCAUUGGCUGGGGCUGUAGAAAUUCUCCUAAUCUUUGUCAAUAAAACACAAGUGUAAAUGAGUGUAUUAAUUGCCUCUUGUUUUUGUCAUUGACAGUUCAUUAAAUGAAUAGUUUAGACAUGGGGAAAAGGUUUUUUUAUUUGGCAGCUGAAACAAGUUGAUGAACCAUAUUAUUUAGUUCAUUUGUUUUUAUUCUCAUGCCGUUAGGACAGAGAUUGGGAAUAAAAUGAUGAACAUGAAUUUAA